AAACUAGAACAUAGCCAUGGAAGUGGUUCAGCUAACCUCCUAAGUAAACUUUUCAAGUCACCUUAUUCUUCUUUCAGGGUGAAGUAUGAGUAAGCAUGUGAGAUCCAGAUCCCUAUGGGAAGUACUACUACAAGAUGAAGAGUCUCCGGAGCCCGUUGGACGUGUGGUUGGCCAGCUACCCAGUGAUGAACAACCUCCACAAGUGGAACCACCGACUCAGAGUCAGGAGAUGACACCUGGUCAAGACAAUGAAGAUGAAGGAGCACCUGAGUUUCAAGAUCCUGACCCAGAAGCUGAUCUCCAGGAACUGGCUCUCGCUAAGACUGGGCGUGAGGGCAAAGUGAAAGGGGAGAGUUUACCAAAUUUACAGCCCUUUCAAAUGCCAGCAGCAGGGCCUGACCCGGAAACUGAUCUCCAGGACCUGGCUCAGCUGACCACUGGGGAUGAGGGCAGUGAUGGUCCUGUCGCCUUGGAGGACAUUUUACCAAAACUAGAGUCCAUUUAUCUGCCAGAAGCAGGAACUGAUCUGGAAAUUGAUGUCCCGGACCUGGCUCAGCUGAACAGUGGGGAUGAAGGCAGUGAAGGUCCUGAUGUCGUGGAGGACAUUUUACCAAAACUAGAGUCCAUUUAUAUGCCAGAAGAAGGGCCUGAUCCGGAAGAUGAUCUCCAGGAACUAGCUCAGCCAAAUGUUGACCAGGAGGGCAGAGAUGGUCCUGAUGACACGCAGGAGCUUGUAUCUAAACUAGAAACCAUUCGCAUGCCGGAAGCAGGGGAAGGGCAAGCACAGGAUUAAGGAAGAUGAGCUGAAAACACGAAAACUACCACGUGGGAUAUCUGACUGUGAAAAUUGUCUCAGUAAAGGUUUUUUGCUUUCCCCGAUGGGCAUUACCAAUCUUUUGUUAAAUGUAUGUCUAAGUGUUUGAUAGUAUUGAGAAUUGCCUUGUUUUUGAAAUUUUAUAUCCUGAUUGAAGUUGUAUAUACAGAUAUAUCUGCACAUUGGUAUUUCUCCAGCAACCUUGUUAAUCUGCUUAUUAAUUCUGAAAGGUUUUGCCUAGAUCCUUUUGGAUUUUCAACAUGCACAGUCAUAUCAUUUGUGAGUACGAGCAGAGUUUUGUGCUGUUUGAAACAUGUUGUCUUUUUUUCCCUUUUCUCAUUUUACCACAUUGGACAGAGCCAGCCAGUAGAGUAUGAAUAGAAGCGGUAAUAGUGGGCCAUCUUUCUCUUCUCUUUCAUAGGAAAUGCAGGAUUUCAACAUUUCAGCAAACUACUGUGAAGUAGAGGAAGUUCCACUCCAGUCCUGGUUUGCUAACAAUAUCUAUCUCCAAUAAAUGUUGACUUUUCAUCAAACACUGGU